GUUCACAUGAAGGAUGUCAUGUCAGCAGUGUGGGUUUCGGGCUUAGAUGCAGCAUAUUUACGUGAGCAGAUGAUGAGCGAACCGCUGGUACGGGAGAUCGUCAAAGAAUGCAACAACAUCCCCCUCACGCCGCCGCAGCAGGGAGAGGCGAUGCUGGCCUCCUUCAAGCCCCGGGGUUACUCGGAGUGUAUAGUCACUGUUGGUGGAGAAGAACGAGUAUCGCGGAAACCAACCUCAGUGAUGCGGUGUAUGUGUCCUCUUUAUGAUCCUAAUAGACAGCUCUGGAUUGAACUUGCUCCUAUGAGUAUUCCAAGGAUCAAUCAUGGAGUAUUGUCAGCAGAAGGAUUUUUAUUUGUGCUUGGUGGUCAGGAUGAAAACAAGGGAACGUUAAGCUCUGGAGAGAAAUACGAUCCAGAUACCAAUUCAUGGAGUUCCUUACCACCAAUGAAUGAGGCACGACAUAAUUUUGGUGUGGUGGAGAUUGAUGGAAUUCUGUACAUUCUGGGAGGUGAGGAUGGUGAAAGGGAGCUAAUCUCUAUGGAGAGCUACGAUAUUUAUAGUCGGACCUGGACCAAGCAGCCAGACUUGACCAUGGUUAGAAAGAUUGGCUGCUAUGCAGCUAUGAAGAAGAAAAUCUAUGCAAUGGGUGGAGGCUCCUAUGGAAAACUCUUUGAAUCUGUUGAGUGUUAUGACCCUAGGACUCAGCAGUGGACAGCAAUCUGUCCUCUGAAAGAGCGACGAUUUGGAGCAGUGGCCUGUGGAGUUGCCUCUGAGCUUUAUGUAUUUGGUGGGGUCAGAAGUCGUGAUGACAGUCAAGCCAGCGAGAUGGUGACGUGCAAGUCUGAAUUUUAUCAUGACGAGUUUAAAAGGUGGAUUUAUCUAAACGACCAGAACCUAUGUAUCCCAACUAGUUCUUCCUUCGUGUAUGGAGCUGUACCCAUUGGAGCGAGCAUAUAUGUGAUUGGAGAUCUCGAUACAGGUACAAAUUAUGACUAUGUUAGAGAAUUUAAAAGGAGCACGGGGACCUGGCAGCGCACUAAACCGCUGUUUCCAUCGGACCUUCGCCGUACUGGCUGCGCGGCUUUGCGGAUCGCAAACUGCAAACUCUUCCGACUGCAGCUCCAACAAGGAUUGUUCCGCAUUCGCGUUCCUUCUCCGUGA